AUGACUGAUCAAACCCUGUUAGCCAAAGCUCGUAAAGCUCGAUUUGAUGAUUUGCCCAAUUUUUCCGGGCAUCUCUCGGAGGAUGUCGAACGUUUUUUAAAAAGCAUUAAAAAUAUAACAAAAGCUAAUGAUGAAUCCGAUAAUCCCGAAAUUCUCGAAAUUGUUCGUGGUAAAUUAACUCAAUCUGCUGGAAUAUGGUUCGACAAUAAUGAAUCUAUCUUUCAAAGAUGGUCAGAUUUCGAAACGGCUUUUCGAAAUCGUUAUUUUCCGACAACCUUAGCUCAUCAACACUUUGAUAAAUUAAAACAACGCAAACAACCACCUGAUGAAACUGUCACAUCUUAUUUUGACGAUGUUGUCAAAUCAUAUCACCCCGGAGCGGUUUUGAAGGGUACGUUCUCGCAAAAUAAAAAUAGUAUAUUCGGAUUCAGCGUUGUCAGUUACCACUGUCGCCGUUGAGAUCUCGAGAGGGUAUCUCUGACCGUAAGUCAAAACAAUUUUGACAAAAUUCAAUGGAAAAACAACGUACAGAACAGAAAAAAAAUCGAUUCGCACUCGAUUCGAACCAGCGUCGCGUCAUCCACGCUCUUUAGCCACUCAGCUAUAUGCGAACUAUUCUUAUUCUAUUCUCUCUUGUAUGUCAUUCUUUUUUUUUAUUUAAUGGGUGUAUCCAUGGGGUCUCGCCAGGACCAUCCGGUGAUCACGUCCAAAUCGAUUGAAACUUUCAGGGUUUGUAGAGAUUUUGGCGCUGAUCAUUAUGGUAAUAAAUUUGUUGGGGUUUGACUAUGUUUUCGCAUAGAUACAGGUCAAAUACUAUUAAUGCCUUUUUAUGCACUCUGCCUUUUUAUGCAAAAAAACGAAGCGAUAGCUUAUCAAAAAACCGAUGAUAAUUCAUCAUUAGUCGCUCAAAUUUUAAAACCAAUUGCAGAUUCAGAUUCCUCGUGAAAAACUGCAUUAGGACCCUUAUGAAUUGAAAAAAGUUUCUAUGAUUUUUUUUAAUAUACAUGUUCACUAAAACAAAAUGUCAACGAAAAAAAAUAUUGAAAAAAGCCAAUAACAAAACCCAAAUUCUGGAGAAUGGUAGUAUUACCAGUUCGAUAGAGCAGAACUUGCUCUACAAGAUGUACUAAUUAGUUUUCUUCCCUUCUUUGAUUUUGGAGAGAACAAGGUCAAAAACUAUUUUGUUAUCGAAAUUUUCACUAAAUUUUGAUGACAAUAUUUGUGAGAUCGAAUCAUUCAAUUCGAUGACCAUGUCAAAAUUCACUGAAACUUUCAGAGCUUAUACAGUUUGUUGCGGUGAACAUUUUGGUAUAAAAUUAUCUAGUAUUAGAUUCGAUUUUGAUGAACAUAUAGGUGACAUAAUAUAAAUAGAUAUUUUGUUUUUAUGACUAUUAUGCAUAAAAAAACGUAUCUUUCUUGAAAUAAAAUUGAUAGAACUAUAGUAUUUGCU